AUGGGUCCGAAAGUCCCAGACAGUGUUCCCGACGAGCAUGGACGAAAUCUCAAAAUCGACAAAGAUACGCCGACUCCAAAUCGUCUCGUACUGUGCUUGGAUGGCACUGGAAAUUCUUUCCAGGGUAAUCCUUCGGACACCAACAUAGUGAAGCUGAUGGACAUGUUCGAUCGUUCCGCCCCUCAUCAAAUGCACUACUAUCAGCCCGGCAUAGGCACAUACACGACAACCGGCUCGGUCAACCAGGGCGUCUUUGGGCGAAUGAAAAACUCCAUAUCCCAGACAAUUGAUUCUGGAUUAGCCACCUCCUUCGAUGCUCACGUCAUAGCUGGGUACCGAUUUCUCAUGCGAUAUUACAGAACAGGUGAUCGGAUUUACAUCUUUGGCUUUUCCAGAGGUGCUUUCACCGCACGCUUCCUCUCACGCAUGAUCUCCCACGUCGGCCUACUUUCGAUGGGCAAUGAAGAGAUGGUACCUUUUGCAUAUAAGGUCUAUCAAGAUUACGAAAUGGGCCUUGAUAAUCCGGAGCCGACGGCGGAGCAGCUGAAACAAAAUUACGAGAGAGGCACAAAUGGCAGAGCUUACAUGGAGAGAUUCAGAGACUCAUUCUGUCGCCAUGGUACAGAUGACGGCGUAAAGGUUCACUUUCUUGGACUCUUCGAUACCGUGAGCUCGGUAGGUACGUUUGAUGUACCUUUCACGGCUGUGCCCCACUUGCCCGAGGUGGAAGGCACCGCUGAGCAUGUCCGCCACGCUGUGGCAAUCGAUGAACGUCGUGUCAAGUUCAAGGCAGCCCUUCUCGCGCAAGAUAAAGAGAGUCUCAAAAGCAAGGGAGAGGAUAUCAAGGAGGUAUGGUUCCCUGGUAAUCAUGGCGAUAUUGGUGGUGGUUGGCCAGCUGAAGAAGUGGAACCUCAAAAAUCGCCGGGCUUCUGGGAGCGACUUAAGAAAGCCUUUUCCAAAGCCUCUAAAUCCCCAGCACGGCCUCCAACGGAUCCAGAACAGGACAAAUUUCAGCUUAGCGACAUUGCGUUGAAGUGGAUGAUUGAUGAGCUUGAUGGUUUACCCGAGAACAUUGACCACCUGCAAUGGAAUAUUGAGAACAAGAGAAGUUUCCUUAACCGCUACAAUGCACCAGAGCACCGCUCUCAAUCCAUCAGGGCGCUUAUGCACGACACCAUGAAAAUUGGUGGAGGAUCGUCAUUUGGCAACACUUUGAUGUGGAAGAUCAUGGAAUAUCUUCCGUUUAUCAAGCGUUGGGAGCUUGAUAGUGGUACGUGGCAGUAUACGGCUUCGCCGCUUAAUAAGGGCGGCAGGCGUGAUGUCCCCAUAGGUGCCGUCUUCCACCAUUCUCUGAUAGAGCGGUUGGCACUGUUCGAGAAGACUUACAGACCGUUAAAUUUUAUCGGCAAAGGCAAAAGUGCACACCAUCACUGGCAUCUGGAGGACGUCAAGAGAGAGCCUGUGGAGAAUGGCGAUCCGAGGCCAAAAGAAGGGCCGUUUCUUGUAGCUCUGGGUAAUCAAAAGAGGAAGGUCAGAGACGCCAAUACCCUGGAGGUGGUCAAGGGUGACGACGAUGAGGUGACCAUGGAGCCGGUAGAAGAAGCGGAUAAGCUUUAUGAGUUGAUCAUCCCUUAG